AUGCAGUUAUAUCAAUGUUUGUUAUUUGUGUUAUUGCAUACUGCAAUUGCUAGGCCAAAGAUAAGUCCAGUUUAUGAUGGCGGUUAUAAUGAUUAUUAUGAACGACCGAGAUACGCCUUCACAUACGGAGUCGCCGAUCAUUCGACAGGAGAUGUGAAAUCUCAACAUGAAAGUAGGGAUGGCGAUGUCGUCAAAGGUCAAUACUCUUUGGUGGAGCCUGACGGGUCCAUUCGUACCGUGGACUAUACUGCUGAUCCCGUUCACGGUUUCAACGCAGUGGUGUCGAAGAUCGGACCCAGCGUGCACGUUGCACCCGCCCAAGUUGGGAUACCGCUCCAAGCACGGCCUAUCCGGGUGCUACCCAAACCAGUCCCUAUACCUGUCGAAUUACCCAAACGUGUGCUACCUCAACAGAUAGUCUACGCAUCUCCAGCGCCGUAUGUGUUCCCCAAGGUCGAGGUGCCGCAUUAUCCAGAAUAUGACGAAUUCGAACUCGACGGACCGUACCAGUUGUCAGCAAAGAAUUUUUAU